CAGGCACAUUCCAUCAUCUCUGUCUGUCGCCAUGGCUUCCGAUCCGUAUCACACCUUUGCUUCUGAUCUUCGCUCCUCGCUCCGAUCCGCCCAGGACCUGGGCCAAUCGUACCAGGAUCUGCGCAGGUCGGUGAGCCCUUCGUCGCCGUCGUUGAGAGAGGCCCACGAUCGGCUCCUCGAUGCCCUCGAGGCACUUCAAGGCGAUGUGGCCGACGUAAAGGAAAGCGUCGAUGUUGUAGAGCGGAGUGGACCGGAGAGGUUUGGCGUGGCACAAGAGGAGCUUGAGGAGAGAAGACGAUUCGUCAAGAGCUGUACCGAGGAGCUGAGGAAAUUGUCCGACAUUGCGGGAAGACGGCAAGGGGAUCAAAAGCCAUCGUUCAGAUCCAUCGAUAUGGGCAGUCGAGCAGACGAAGAGGGCGACGAAGACCCGAACGAAGCCUUUGAGCGAGAACAGCAGCAGCACCUCCUGGCUCGCCAGGACGACACACUGUCACUCAUCGGCAACACCCUGACCUCGCUCAAGCGACAAGCAGGGACAUUUGGCCAGGAGAUCGGAGAGCAAGUCGAGCUGAUCGGUGCGCUCGACACCGAGGUUGACAGCAGCCAGAGCAAGCUUGGGAGAGCGAUGGGAAAGAUGGACGAGAUGGUCAGGAGAGGCGACGAGCGGUUGGGUGGAUGGUGCGUUUGGAUCCUCAUCCUUGUCCUCUUCAUUCUCCUUCUCAUUGUUGUCCUUAUAUGA